UGCUGCUACUGUCACUUCUGCCGCUGCCGCUGUUGUUACAGAUUUUGCUUUUGCUCCUUCUACUGCAUGACAGUUGUUUUCCUCGUCUAAGCAGAUACCAGCCUCAGAUGCUCAAGGUGAGAGUCUUGCCUUUCGCUCUGGGCUAUUGGUUCACUUAAUCUGGUCAAUUUGUUCGGCGUUCGUGGUUUUCUUUCUCUCAUCACCCUCCUUCCCCCUGUUUUGUUUUGUUGUGCUUGCUUUUGAGGGGAUGUUUCUUCCCUCCCGCAGAAGAGCUGGAAUUGCUUGAGAGGCGUUUAAGGAAUUAUAAAAGUGGCCAGCAAACAGGAGCUCAGUAAUUGUGAGGCUACUCUUGCUUCAGAGAGGCAGAGAGCGCGACAGAGGGCUUGGGAUCGGGGGGAGCAAGGGGGGUCUCAUUUUUCCUGUGCGUUACUCCUCUCCCAGUUUGGAUGAUGUUGCUGAGCUUGGACCUUUUGUUGACUCCCACUCUGUGAUUUUUGCAGAGCACUGUGACUAUUACUACCAUCUCUUUUUGUCUGUGUCUCACAGUAAUGGACUGUGAUAGAGUUAAGGCCUUUUGGAGGUGAGCUGUUUGAGAGCUGAUGCUUAAACAUGUCUGAAGUAGCUGCUGACACUUUCCCCAGCCCCUCAGCUCAGCUGAGCCCUGAUGUGUCCCUCGACGGGCUCCCGGCUGAAGAGAACAUGCCGGGGACCCAAAGAGAGGACAGGAGGGUCCAGGGGAUAGCAGGCCUUGCCGCGACCUGCUGUGUGUGCCUGGAGGCAGAGCGACUGAAGGGCUGCCUCAACUCUGAAAAGAUCUGCAUCGCCCCUAUCCUGGCUUGCCUGCUCAGCCUUUGCCUCUGCAUUGCUGGUCUCAAGUGGGUCUUUGUGGACAAGAUUUUUGAGUAUGACUCUCCUACCCACCUUGACCCUGGGAGGAUAGGACAAGACCCAAAGAGCGCUGUGGAUCCUACAGCUCUGUCUGCCUGGGUGCCUUCGGAGGUGUAUGCCUCACCCUUCCCUGUACCUAGCCCCAAGAGCAAGGCUGAAGUGACAGUGCAAAGUGACAGCUCGCUCGUGCCCUCCAAACCGUUCCUCCAGCCUUCUCUGUAUAACCGCAUCCUAGAUGUUGGGUUGUUGUCCUCUGCCGCACCUUCGCUGUCACCACCCGCCCUGGAGCCUACCACAGCGUCUCAGGCGCAAGCAACAGAAACCAAUCUCCAAACUGCUCCAAAACUUUGUAAGUAG